AUGUUUGUAACGACUGGUGAUGUCUUGACCUACACAAGGAAGAUCUCUUCUGUCACACUGGAUCUAACAAAGGGGACAGAAGACUCAGACCAACAAAGUCCCUAUGAUCUCUUCGUCCUGACCAUUGAAGGCCAGGGUUUCUUAUGGCACCAAAUUCGGUGCAUUGUGGCCAUCCUGCUUCUCAUUGGAGAGGGGAAGGAGGACUCAUCUGUGAUACAAGAGCUCUUGGACAUCUCCAAAAACCCAUGCAAGCCAGUGUAUGCAAUGGCACAUGAGCUCCCACUCUGUCUUUUUGAUGCUCAGUUUGACGGUUUGGAGUGGCAAUUUGAUGAGCUAGCUCUCAAAACUGUGAUUCUAGAACUCCAGGAAGCUUGGGCUAGGCAUGCCAUCAAAGCCGAGAUGAUCAGGAGCAUGUUGGGUCAUUUGGAGCCCCAAUUGCCCAAGUCUGUGAAAGGCCAGGCAUCGUGGCUGCAGACCGGCGUGUUGCCACGAAACUACACCCCGCUUCUUCAGAGACAGAAAUGUGAGAGUCUGGAGACUCGCAUUGCCUGUGUGAAUGAGAGGAAGAAACAAAAGCUCCGGGAAAAUGAGUGUCUUCAGACUACACCCUGUGAAAACAGUAUGUGACUGAUCAUGUUUUCCAAGAAUAUAUUUUUACUGAAC